AUGGCCGAUUCACAGCUUCCCACGUUCAUGGGAAUGAACGGCAGACCACUGAGUACGGCUGUCUCGGUGGUAGCCACGACUGGCUUUCUGCUGUUUGGAUACGAUCAGGGUGUCAUGUCCGGCAUCAUCUCAGCAGAGCCGUUCAUGAACUACUUCCCGGAAACACACAACAACUCGACAUGGCAGGGCUUUGUGACGGCCAUCUAUGAGAUCGGAUGUCUGCUCGGCGCAAUCACAAUGCUGUUGUUUGGCGACUACCUCGGCCGUCGCAAAGCCAUCAUGAUCGGCGCUGUCAUUAUGAUCUUGGGUGUUAUCAUCCAGUGCACUGCCAUGAAGGGCCAUGCAGCGACCGCUCAAUUUAUCAUCGGCAGAGUCGUGACGGGUGUUGGCAAUGGAAUGAACACCGCCACUAUCCCCACCUACCAAGCCGAAUGCUCAAGGACGAAGAAUCGCGGCCUGCUGAUCUGUAUCGAAGGCGGUAUCAUCGCGUUCGGCACCCUCAUCGCAUACUGGAUCGAUUUCGGCUGCUCAUAUGGGCCUGACGAUCUCACAUGGCGCUUCCCCAUCGCCUUCCAGGUCUCCUUCGCCUUCGUCAUCCUGCUCGGUCCCAUCUGGCUCCCCGAGUCCCCCCGCUGGCUCCUCACCAAAGACCGGCACGAAGACGCCGUAAAAGUGAUCGCCGCCCUCCGCGGCCUGUCCAUUGACCACGAAGAAACCCGCCUCGAAGCCCACAUCAUCAUGGACUCGAUCCGCGCCUCAGGCCACAACGGCGGCAACACGCCCUUCAGCGCCCUCUUCACAAACGGCAAAACACAGCACUUCCGCCGCAUGAUGCUCGGCGCCUCCUCCCAGCUCAUGCAGCAAAUCGGCGGCUGCAACGCAGUCAUCUACUUCUUCCCGCUGCUGUUCGAAAACUCCAUCGGCGCAAGCCACGACAUGAGCUUGCUGCUCGGCGGCGUAAACAUGAUCGUCUACUCCAUCUUCGCCACUACUUCCUGGUUCAUCAUCGAGCGCACCGGCCGCCGCAAGCUCUUCCUCAUCGGCACCGUCGGCCAGGGUCUGUCCAUGGUGCUCGUCGCCGGCGCGCUCAUCCCCGGCACAGCCUCCGCGGCCAAAGGCGCAGCCGUCGGCCUCUUCACCUACAUCGCCUUCUUCGGCGCAACAUGGCUUCCCCUCCCCUGGCUGUACCCCGCAGAGAUCAACCCCGUCAAGACCCGCGGAAAGGCCAACGCAGUGUCUACCUGCACGAACUGGCUCUUCAAUUUUGUCGUCGUGAUGAUUACUCCUGUCAUGAUUGCUAAUAUCGGAUGGGGCACGUAUAUGUUCUUCGCCGUGGUGAACGCGUGCUUCCUGCCGUUCAUCUACAUCUUCUACCCCGAGACCAAGAUGCGCAGUCUGGAGGAGAUUGAUCUCAUUUUCGCGAAAGGCUUUGUGGAGAAUAUCAGCUAUGUUAAGGCUGCGCGCGAUCUGCCGUUUCUGGAUGAACACGGCAUUGAGGAUAUGCAGAGGCAGUAUGGGUUCUUUGAUGAGAGGGAUGCGGAGGCGGAUGAGAAGGGCGGGAGGCAUGUUGUUGAGAGUGUUGAGCGGUGA